AUAAAGCGGCCUAAGUAUUCAAAAGUGCGCAAAUUUGGAAGUGACUGCGGCCUCGGCAAAAGCGCAGCUUCUGAAAGUUUGUUGCAGUCAGAUUUCCGAAAUGUUGUGGCCUUACUGAGAAAGCAACACAUCCAGUCUUUGAAACCAGCACCUCCAUGCUUCUUCAUUUUUCUGCACCAUUGUUAUUUCUACAUAUUUAUACCGUCCUCAAGUCAGGGCUCCCCAAAGAGCCCUAGAGGAGCCGCCACAAUUGCGUCAAACGAGUGGAGCGCGAACGGCAGCCCAGAGGAGGGGCGGGACGAUGGUGCUGAGGGGCUGGACAAAACUGUGGAUGGUGAUGCAGAAGGGGUGUGGAGUCCGGACAUUGAACAGAGCUUCCAGGAGGCUUUGGCCAUCUACCCACCAUGUGGCCGGCGCAAAAUUAUAUUAUCAGAUGAGGGCAAAAUGUAUGGCCGCAAUGAGUUGAUAGCCCGAUACAUAAAGUUGCGCACAGGGAAAACCCGGACAAGGAAACAGGUAUCUAGUCACAUACAGGUGUUAGCACGGAAGAAAGUACGGGAAUACCAGGCCGGAAUCAAGGUUUCUAGCCAUUUGCAGGUUCUUGCCCGGAGAAAAUCUCGCGAGAUACAGUCAAAGCUGAAGGCCAUGAAUUUGGAUCAAGCUUCAAAAGACAAGGCCCUCCAGAACAUGGCUGCUCUGUCAUCGGCACAGAUCGUCUCUGCCAGUGUGGUACAAACCAAACUAGGGAUCCCUUCGCUUGCCCAACCUCCAUACGCUCCGCCAGCCAGGUUCUGGACUGGCCCCAUCCCAGGACAACCUGGAACAUCUCAGGACAUCAAGCCAUUUGCACAACAAGGCUAUGCCAUGCAAGGCCCAGUUCCGCCUCAGAUACCUGGUUAUGAGCCUCUUGCUGCCCCUCUUCCGCCUGUAGCUACUGCUGUGCCAGUGUGGCAGGAUCGUACCAUUGCCUCCUCUAAGCUACGAAUGCUUGAGUACUCUGCCUUUAUGGAAGUUCAGCGGGAUCCUGACACAUUCAGCAAACACUUGUUUGUCCACAUUGGACAGACAAACCCCUCAUAUAGUGACCCCUUGCUGGAAGCAGUGGAUAUCAGGCAGAUCUAUGACAAGUUCCCUGAGAAGAAAGGAGGGCUGAAGGAGUUAUAUGAAAAAGGCCCUCAAAAUGCCUUCUUUCUAGUCAAGUUUUGGGCGGAUCUUAAUAGCAGUGUGCAGGAUGGACCUGGUUCCUUCUACGGAGUGAGCAGUCAGUACAGCAGCAGUGAAAACAUGACAAUUACAGUGUCCACAAAGGUCUGCUCAUUUGGGAAGCAGGUUGUUGAGAAAGUCGAGACAGAAUAUGCCCGGAUGGAAGGUGGUCGCUUUGUGUACAGAAUUCAUCGUUCACCCAUGUGUGAAUACAUGAUCAACUUUAUCCACAAACUCAAACAUCUGCCAGAGAAGUAUAUGAUGAACAGUGUGCUUGAAAACUUCACCAUUUUACAGGUGGUGACAAACCGUGAUACCCAGGAGACUCUACUAUGCAUAGCUUUUGUGUUUGAAGUUUCAACGAGUGAACACGGUGCCCAGUAUCAUGUCUACCGGCUUGUCAAGGACUAGGAGAGUCCUGGAAGACAACCUGCCUUAAAAUGCUGCCUGACAAUUUCUAAAACCAAAAAAAAAAAAAGCCAAACAAAGAGGUUUUAUAGGACAGUGGGUAUUUUCUACUUCAGUUACAGUUUUGUAAAAUAGGAAAUGUAUGAAGUUUAAAAACUAUGCACUAUUUUGUGUAAGAACAAGUCUUUUUGUAUUUAAAUGUUAAAAGAAUGAUAAAAUAGGCUGUCUUGGUAAUGUUCCUUGCAAUGUUUUUUCUUUUGUUAUUUCAUUUUUUCAGGGAUAACUUUUGUUUUUGUAUUGAGGAAAAUUGAAUGUGUGGAAGAAAGUUUAGGAAAUGUAAAAAAAAAAAAAAAAGAGAGAGAGAAAUGGAAAGUGAAAGAGUGAAGCUAUUAGACGUGUGUCUGUGCUCCUCAUUUCACAGGCCGGCUCAAAAGUGUGUGACUGGCUGGGCAGCUUUUAUUGAACUGGAAGGAAGCUGCAGGGAGGAUUUCUAACGAGGCAGCGUAAGAUGUUGAUACCCCAUUUUACGUGUGGUGUUCAGCAAAAGCAGUGGUGUAUCUAGUAGCAGAGAUCGUGUCACAAAGCAGUAAAUUCAUGUUUCCCCCACAUUUUAAAUUUUGUUCACAUAAUUAUGUUUUCCAACUUGCAGCUUAUAUGAUUUUGAAACUUUUUGAGGGGGAGUUUUAUCAGGUGUCCCCAAAGACAUUCAGUGUUUUAUUUUUUAACAACACCAGGCAGGAUAUUCUGUUACUUAACUUAUUGAAAAUGAUGAUGAUGAUGAUAUACUUACUUGCUCAUAAGUUCUCCUCACUUUGCAAAUUUGUAAAACUUGAUCUCUAGAAUACUCUUCGACUGUAAAUCAUUGGCAGGCUAAAACCUGAUAAAAAAAUGACUCAAAUCUCUUUUAAACUGAAAUACAAAACUCCACUUCUAGGUCUUGGCUUUCCUUUUGCACAGAGCUCCAGACUGCUGUGAUCUAAUGAUGUAAUCUUACCUCCAAAGCCCUUAGUGGGCCAAUAUAUUCAACGUAUUUGACAGUUGACUAAGUCUUUAUUGCAGUCGACCAGUUGUUUUUUGUUUUUGUUUUUUUAAUAAACAGAUGCAGUUUAAAAAAAAAAAGUCAGUCUGUGGCAGUGUGUCGUCAUGGUGUGCCAGUGGCAUUUUGAGUACAUACUUCCUACAUUAACUUGAACUUUGACCUAAAGAAGGAAAGGCAGCAAUGCAGCCAUGUUAAAUUAUUCAAUUUAGAACAUACUGUGGAUGGUUUUUAAAUAUAUAUAUAUAUAUUUUUUAAUUAUUUGAGGAUAGCUUUUAUCAAAGGAUUUUAGCAAUAGUAAUUGGGAUAUAAAUUGUGUAGUCCAGACGUCAUUCCUCAGAUUUACAUUUUUUUUCACAGCCACUGCAAUCAAAUUUCUGACCCAGCUUUACCGCAGUCAAGAGUUACAGAGGAGCAGCAGUAGUGUGUGAAGAGUAGGAAGUCAUCUUAAACAGGGCACCAGUCUGUCAGAACAGAAAACAAUUUUGUUCCGCACUUGGGUCACGAUUUUCCUCCUAAAACGUGAAUUAAAUAUUGGUAUGUUUAAUAAAGCUGUUUGGAGUUUUUCUAUUUGAAAGGCGGAUGCUGAUAAACAUCACUGCUAGUCUUGGAGAGCCUCCGGCUCAGCUCAGUGGUUUGUAUCACUUGUGCUGCAGUGCUCCCUAGUGGUUGAUACUUGUCAGGCUGGUAUGUGGUGUUGCUUACUCUGUUCUGGCCAGCUGUCUGAUGGCCUCACACAUGACAGGAGAUGCAGUCUCUUGAAAGCUUUGAUUUUUGUUUAGUUCAGUGGCCCAACAGUAGACGACUGGUCCCUAUUGAUAUUUCUAUCAUGGCCUUGCAUUUCCCUGUUGCUGCCUUUACUGUUUUGCAUUGCUAUUGACUGGGGUGUUUUAUGUGGAAACCUCUAAUGGUGGCCCCUGCUUCCUCUUGGAAAGAAGGGAUAAAUCUGCUAUCUAGAUACAGCGGUUCAGAUCAUGUUUGAUUUUUAUUAUUUCGUUAAACCUUCUGGUUGCUCCUCUCCUAAAGCACUAUCACUGAAUGGUAUUAGAUACUUGGUAAAGUGAGAAAAUACUGGUUGUGAAUUAAUGUAUGCAUAUGUUGGAAAUGAUGUUCUAACUCAAGUAUAGAAAAGUUGAAUAUUUCAGAAGUGUUUUUCCACAAGUGAAAAUGUAUACAGGGAACUCCAGAAAUACUCCUGAUUCACUCCACCACUUGUUUCCCAUUCUUUUCUUUUUAGUAUGCCAGUCUUGUUUAAACAAAAUUAAUGUUUUAAGAUGUUUUUAUUAAACAGGAUGCAUGGAGGUACAUUAAGCUGGAGGGAAAACAAUCACUGUCCUCAACAUUUAGUGAAAAGGCCAAAGUUUUGCUUUUUGUAGAAACAUUAAUGCUCGUUAAACUCUUUUGCCGCCUUGUUACCUGGCCUCGACCUUGAUCUAGCAUUAAAUUGUGUUCCCCUGCUGUGUACUGUUAGUUGUGAGGGCAUCGAAAUGGGCAAUUCUAACCAGCAGGUAUCUGCAAGAAUGAAAAUGCUGGAUCAGAUUAUGGACAGCACUGCAAGUGACUAAAAAGAGCUGUUGCCCCCGGCUCUUUUGCUUUGUGUUUUUUUUUUUGUUUUGUUUUUUUGUUCUUGCUGUAGGCAGCCGCUUGUCACCCAGACAAGAAUCAUUAACUUUAAAUUUUUUUGAGUGUGAGAUUCAGUCUGCCACAGUUUAUACCCAUUUUGUUUGCAAGGUAAGGUGUGUUUUGUUUGAAGUGGGAGGGGAGGGUGGGCGUUCUGUUGGCUGGUAUUAUCUGGCUGUGGUUCCUACAUUUGCAUUGAAUUCUUGUAUAUUGUGUUGUCUAAGAUGUGAGGGGUUGUAUCAUAUAAUCGAUGUAUUGUGUAUAACCUUCAAAUAAAAAGCAUGGUGCUUAUGGAGCCAUUUGUUUCUCAAA